CCUCGCUCAAACCCUAAUUGCCCCUUUUUGCCCACCCACGAUUAGGUGCAGUUCUUCGCUCCUUCACCCAUCUUUUCAACAAAAUAUCUCAAAUUGCCCCCACAAAUUUAGCGGCGGCGGCCUUUGUACUCGAUCGGCGGUUUCAUCUCUUUCUCCUACCGUAGUCUCCGGCGAUAUAUUUUAAUACAUGUUUUUUGGGGUAAAAUGCUGCCGGAGUUUCGUCGGAGCUGAGAUUCACCGGCGGUGUGAUUCAUGGCGUCCGCCGUGCUAGUGAGCCAGAAAGAGUCGAGCUGGGGCCCCAUGGGGAAGAAUCCGUACUCCAAUCCCCAUUUGAAUGCAAACCCUAACCCUAACCCCAAGAAAAAGCAGAAGCAGUUCCACCACGCCGCCGCCGCCGCGAACGGCGUCGCUGGCGGGCGGUUUUACGGCAACGUCAACAGUUACCACAACUUUGAAUCCCCAGCAGUGACGCAGACGGCGUCCGAUGACGCCUAUUCCUUCAAUCAGACGACCACCAGCCGCAACGUAGCCAAUUACGGGGGCUACGUGUCCUUUAAUGUAGCCUCGUACACGAAGUCGGAGCUCCUUGAGCUUCGGAAGCGGCUGUCGGCGGAGCUCAAUCAGAUCCGCGAUUUGCGAGAUCGAAUUCAGUCUGGUCAACUCAGCACGACAGAGAACCCUAGAUCCCAGGUGAAAUCGAAGAAAUCCGCCGGAAACAAGAGACCUGGCGCUGUUGUUGCAUCCACUCCCAAAAAUUUGCCCAAUGCAUACGGCAAUGGUGGUGUAGACCCUGUCAAUUGGGAGAUGAUGCUGAAGGAAUGCGGCAAGAUCGUGGCAAAAUUAAUAAAGCACAAGUUUGGCUACAUAUUCAAGGUACCCGUUGAUGCUGUGGCCAUGGGGCUUCAUGAUUAUCAUCUGAUUGUGAAGCGACCCAUGGAUCUUGGCACGGUGAAGACAAAUCUCGCCAGGAAUCUCUACAGGACUCCUAUGGAGUUUGCAGCUGACAUGCGGUUGACUUUCAACAAUGCAUUGCUGUACAACCCCAAGAGUGAUCCUGUUAAUGGGAUGGCAGAGCAGUUGCUGGCCAAAUUCGAGGAUUUGUAUAAGCCGAUACAGGAGAAGAUUGAUAGUUCUUUAGAGCAGCAAAGGGAGUUGGAGGCUUGCGAUUUUCGGGCAGUUGAUGAGCUCCAUUACAGGGGUUUUGAUGAGUUGCAGGGGAGCUCAUGGAAUAACCAUGGCAACCAGGUUUUAACCUCCCCAGUCAGAGGGAAGAAAGGUAAGCCUAAAAGCAGUCCAGUUCCCAUUUCCGAGGUGUUGAAGAAGCCAGACAGAUUGCAAGCUCAUUCUAGUGCUUCAACAGCUUCAAAUCCCCCUCCUUCAAUGAUCCAGCAGCCUCCCUUGAUGCAUGAGAUGUCUCAUUCUCCAGUGAGAGCUCCCGCUUUGCCGCCUGUUAGAGAGCUGAAAGUCGGGAGGGGUGCUGCACCGAAGCUGCCAAAGCCAAAAGCUAAGGAUAUUGAUAAACGAGACAUGAGUAUGGAUGAGAAGCAGAAGCUGGGUAUGGGUUUGCAGAGCUUGCCUCAAGAGAAAAUGCCUCAGUUGGUGCAAAUCAUAAGGAAGAGGAAUAGACACUUGGCCCAGGAUGGAGAUGAAAUUGAGCUUGACAUUGAGGCUCUCGACAAGGAAACCCUGUGGGAGCUCGACCGUUUUGUCACCAACUGGAAGAAGAUGGUGAGCAAGACUAAGCGGCAGGCAUUGAUGAACACUCAAGCAAUUGAGCCUCUUCCUCCUGUCAGUCCUGUUGGCGAAGCCGAUAUGGGUGCAAUGAGUGACAAAAACGAUGAUGAAAUGAUGAAGAAAUUGAAGGAUAACGAUGAUGAGGAUGUGGACAUUGAUGAUGAUAUGCCUGCUGCAAGUUUCCCGCCAGUGGAGAUUGAAAGAGAUGAAGGGGCAGGUGCUGUAGCUGUCCAGGACCAGAUCCAUGAUAAUGUAGAUGCUCAUCAUGACCAUGAUCAUGUAGGAGCCCAGGUUCAGGAACAUGAAGCUGUCCAUGAUAAUAAUGAACGAGGCAAUGCAAGCAGUAGCUCAAGCAGUUCAGGAAGUUCGAGCAGUGAUUCGUCUUCCUCUAGCGGUACUGACAUUGAUUCUGAUUCUGAUUCUGAUUAUGAUUAUUCUGAUUCAGGGAGCUCCUCUGGGAGUGAUUCAGAUGCUGAUGAUGCGCAGUCGUGAUGUCUAUGGUCUCUCUAUAUGAGGUUUGAGGAGAUGGGACUUGGGUCGGGGUGUUUGUUGUAUGGAUAAGUAAAGCAAGUUUGUUGUUGAGAGUGGCAAAGCUGAAAAACAAAGCUGCCCUUUUGGGUUGGUGGUGGUUUGUGUGAAGCUUGAUGGGAUUUAUAUGUAUUCCUAGCCUGUUGUUUGCUGAGUUGGUAAGGGAGGGACUAGUGUAGAAUAGGAGUGGGUACAAAGAAAAAGAUUCAGUAGAAUGUAGAUAUAGAGCUGAAUGGGGAUAUAUGUCUGUACAGUUUCACCAAAGAAUUAGUGGCAAAGAUUUCUAAUCUUUUGAUUAUUUGCAAUUUAUGUGUUUCAUCUUUCCAGCUCUUUUUCAUCUUGAAUUGUAUUUUUGGCCGUAUUCGAGAGGGGUAUGAUAUGGUGGGGUGUGUUGAGUAUGUGCUUGAAAAUUGUUUUGUGCAAACAGAAUUGAUUGGUGAGUUGUGAUUUGUCAAUGUGGCAUUAUGUGAAUGCUAUGUAAAUGAAUGUACUUGAUAAAAAGAUUAAAGAACAAUCCAUGUAAUGUUGGGACCGGGAAGUGGUGUUUGGCUUGGGAACAAAUUUGAAAUACCAAGUUCAUUACAUUAUGAGAUUAAAACAUCAUGAAAUUGUAAGGAACAAAAA